AUGACGAACGGGUUCCCUCGGGCAGUCACUGGAGCUGCUGUGAUGGCUUCCCUGUGUCCUGCGGCUAUGCAUUCCACAGGGUCGUCCAAAAGCAGGAAACAAGUGACAAGACAACACUGCUUUCCACGCCUACGUGGAUUAUUAAGUUACUUCAGAAAUCUGCUGGGCACUCGAGAAGUUAGAAUUCUUAUCCUUGGUCUAGAUGGUGCUGGUAAAACAACAAUACUUUAUAGGUUGCAAGUUGGUGAAGUUGUUACUACAAUUCCAACAAUUGGUUUUAAUGUUGAACAAGUAACAUACAAAAAUUUGAAAUUUCAAGUUUGGGAUCUUGGAGGUCAAACAAGCAUUAGACCAUAUUGGCGUUGUUACUAUUCUAACACCGAUGCAAUUAUUUAUGUUGUGGAUUCAGCUGAUCGUGAUAGAAUAGGAAUUUCAAAAGAUGAACUACUGUAUAUGCUAAGGGAAGAUGAAUUGCAAGGUGCAAUUUUAGUUGUCCUAGCAAAUAAACAAGAUAUAGAAGGAGCCCUGAGUGUGGCAGAAGUUCAUCAAGCAUUAGGUCUGGAUGCACUUAAAAACAGAACAUUUCAAAUUUUUAAGACAUCGGCAACUAAGGGUGAAGGCUUGGAUUCUGCUAUGGACUGGCUUUCAAAUGCAUUACAAAAUCGGAAAUGAUUUUGUGUAGGUUACAGAAUUUCUUUAAUUGCUCUUACCCUUCCAAAGCAAAUUUUGCACUUACAUAAACAGUUGAUUACCACAUACUGUGUGUUAUGAAUGAUAGUGAACAAAUGGCAACAAGUGUAAUCCAGUCUGAUGUCUUGCUGUGAAGAAGUAGUGCUUUUGUGAAAAGUUUGCAGUGUUCAGCAUCACUACAUCAUUGUGCUGUCGUAUUUCACUACGAUAUGAAGUCAGUGAUUUUUGUAUGUACGUAUUGUGUGUGUGUGUUUGAGAGCAUGAUCUUUUGUGUGCUGUGAUGCAAAUAUUAUUAUUAAAUAAAAGUGUAUUAUGAAGUAAAACAGAAGACUUGUAUAAAUCUUCAGAAGUACUUUCUGUAAGAAAGUUUAAAGGGAAAAACAUUAAAUAUUCUUUUUCUUUUCCUA